CGACCUUAGCGCGUAGGCCCAGUCAAGAUGGCGGCGUCUGAGGCGACGGGAAGAUACAGGAUCGCGAUGAGCAAAAGCAAGGAUCCCUCCGGCCUGCUCAUCUCUGUCAUCAGGACAUUGUCCACCAGUGAUGAUGUCGAGGACAGAGAACACGAGAAGGGCCGCCUGGAGGAGGCGUAUGAAAAAUGCGACCGCAAUUUGGACGAGUUGAUCGUUCAGCACUACACCGAACUGAUGACUGCCAUCUCCACCUACCAGAGUAUCACUGAACGCAUCACCACUUCUCGCAACAAAAUCAAGCAGGUGAAGGAGAAUCUGGUUUCCUGCAAAAUGCUCCUGCACUGCAAGCGGGACGAGCUACGCAAGCUGUGGAUCGAAGGGAUCGAGCACAAGCACGUCCUGAAUCUGCUGGACGAGAUCGAGACCAUCAAGCAGGUGCCGCAGAAGCUGCAGCAAUACACGGGCAGCAAGCAUUACCUGAUCGCCACGGAUAUGCUGGUGUCGGCUGUAGAAUCCCUGGAGGGGCCCCUCCUUCAGGUAGAAGGACUAGGUGACCUGAGGCUGGAACUUCACAGUAAAAAGAUGAACAUGCAUUUAGUUCUAAUAGAUGAACUCCACCGUCAUCUUUACAUCAAGUCUACCAGUAAAGUUGGACAACGGAACAAAGAAAAGGGGAGGAUAAGUUCUCAUGUGAAGGAGGCCUCGGCUCUGCCUCAUCUCGACGUUACUAACUUAUCCACUCCUCGCAAGUUUGACUCGUCUCAAUAUGGCACUCCAGCAAAUUCUAGCGGAAGAGAAGUCAGCUUGAUGGAAAUCAAGGAAGAUUUAGACCUGGAUCCCGAGGAGAACAGCUCGGUCUUUAUGGGCAUCCUCAUCAAAGGACUGGCCAAACUGAGAAAAAUCCCAGAGACCAUCAAGGCCAUUCAGGAUCGUUUAGAGCAAGAACUGAAGCAAAUUGUCAAGAGAUCUACCACCCAGGUGGCAGAUGGUGGUUACCAGAGAGGGGAGAACGUAGUCCAGGAAAACCAGCCAAGAUUGCUUUUGGAGCUUCUGGAACUUCUCUUUGACAAAUUCAACGCCGUGGCCGCAGCUCACGCCAUCGUCCUGGGACAUCUCCAGCAGACUGUGUCUUUUCCUUCUAGCCAGUACGAUGGCGAUAUUAAGCUGUACGACAUGGCAGACGUAUGGGUGAAGAUCCAAGACGUCUUGCAGAUGCUGCUGACAGAAUACCUGGACAUGAAAAACACACGCGCCUCUUCAGAGCCUUCAGCUCAGCUGAGCUACGCCAGCUCCGGAAGGGAGUUUGCGGCAUUUUUUGCAAAAAAGAAACCUCAAAGGCCCAAAACCUCUUUGUUCAAGUUUGAGUCAUCUUCCCAUGCCAUCAGUAUGAGCACUUACCUGCAGGAACAGAGGAGGGAACUUUACAGCCGGAGCGGAGAGCUGCAAGGAGACCCCAACGACAACUUGAUCGAAGGUGGCGGGACAAAGUUUGUCUGUAAACCAGGAGCUCGGAACAUCACGGUCAUCUUCCACCCACUUCUGAGGUUUAUUCAAGAGAUUGAACACGCUUUGGGGUUCAGUCCCGCGAAGCAAUGUCCCCUCCGAGAAUUCCUCACCAUGUACAUUAAGAACAUCUUUCUGAACCAAGUCCUGGGAGAAAUCAACAAGGAAAUCGAGGGCGUCACCAAAAUUACCGACCCCUUGAAGAUUCUGGCCAACGCAGACACCAUGAAAAUGCUCGGGGUGCAAAGGCCUCUCUUGCAGAGCACGGUCAUUGUGGAAAAAACGGUCCAGGACCUCAUGAAUUUGAUGCAUGACUUAAGCGCCUACUCAGACCAGUUCCUGAACAUGGUAUGUGUCAAACUCCAGGAAUACAAGGACACCUGCAGUGUGGCUUACAGGAGCAUUGUCCAGUCGGACGACAAGAUGGUGAUCAGCGCAUCUUGGGCCAAAGACGACGACAUCACCAGACUCUUGAAGUCCCUUCCCAACUGGAGCAACAUGGCCCAGCCCAAGCAGUUGAGACCUAAAAGAGAGGAAGAAGAAGACUUCAUUAGGACUGCCUUCGGCAAAGAGUCUGAAGUCCUGAUCGGGAACCUGGGGGAUAAACUGAUUCCCCAGCAAGAGAUUCUCCGGGACGUCAGCGAUCUGAAGGCCCUGGCCAACAUGCACGAAAGCCUGGAAUGGCUGUCGGGACGGGUGAAAAGCGCUUUCUCCAACCUUCCGUUGGCCCAGACCUCCCCUGCCCAAGACGCUCACGGCAAAACCGAUCUCCCCCCGGUGUCAGAACAGAUCCUGCAGACCCUCACAGAUUUGGCUCGAUCUUUCCAGGAGAUGGCAGACGCCUGCUUGCUGGUUUUGCACCUGGAAGUCAGGGUCCAUUGCUUCCACUACCUGAUCCCUUUGGCGAAGCAGGGCAACUAUGCCAUUGUGGCCAACGUGGAGAGCAUGGAUUACGACCCCCUGGUGGUACGGCUCAACAAGGACAUCAGCGCCGUGGAAGAAGCCAUGAAUGCCAGCUUGCAGCAGCACAAGUUCCAGUACAUCUUUGAAGGUUUGGGUCAUUUGAUCUCCUGCAUUCUCAUCAACGGGGCUCAGUACUUCAAGCGCAUCAGUGAGUCCGGCAUUAAGAAGAUGUGCCGGAACAUCUUCAUCCUUCAGCAGAACCUGACCAACAUCACCAUGUCCCGAGAGGCUGAUCUGGACUUUGCAAGGCAGUAUUACGAGAUGCUGUACAACACGGCGGACGAGCUGCUGAACCUGGUGGUGGACCAAGGCGUGAAGUACACGGAGCUGGAGUACAUCCACGCCCUGAGCUUACUCCACCGCAGCCAGACCGGCGUGGGAGACCAGACCACGCAAAACAUGAGGUUGCAACGCCUGAAAGAGAUCAUCUGUGAGCAGGCCGCCAUCAAGCAAGCCACCAAGGACAAGAAAAUCACCACCGUGUAGCUUAGUCUACUAGCAGGAGCCCUAUCCCUUCACAGCCCAUAGAAGCAACGAAGGGAAAUGUCUCUAUAUGGGGUAACAUUUGGGUGUUCUGGCCUUUAGCUUCUUCGCUGGGGUGGUGGGCGGAGCAGGGCGAGUUGGAGAUCUUCUCCGUGGCUUGCUGGGGUCCUUAAAUCCGUGGCACGUCAAUGGGGAUUGGUUACCAUUUAUAGGGCGUUGCUUCUCUUGAGCUGUGAUGGGCGGAUAAGGGUGAGGAAGGGGAAGGGGAGGGUUGUCUCGUUGAUCCAGAAGGAUCUGAAUUGGAAAAAAGUUGAGGAGCCGUUUGUAACCAAGGUUCGGCUCUCGAAAAGGGGAGUGGAAUCUCUUCCACACCUACAGACAGGUUUCUGGCUGGCCCAUCAUUGUUAUAGAGUGAUGUUAAGGCAGGGGUGAAAUCUACUUAUCUUCCCUACCGGUUCGGAAGUAUGUGCGCGCAUUAUGUGAGAUUUUGGACCCUCUACGACAUCUGGGUGAGUGGGCGGAGCCUCGCGCUGCUGCCACCGGUUCGCCGAACCACCCGGUUUGCCUAAACCGGUGACAACUGGUAGCAUUUCACCCCUGUGUUAAGGGUAUUAAUCAUUGGGCCAUGUUAUUAAUAGGUGUUCUUUCCAGAAUUUUGUUUACUUUUCAAUAUUUAUCACAAUUAUCUUCACGCAGGACUGUGCUCCAUUUAAUCACUCGAUGGUGUUGAGGAUAUAUAUAUAUCUCUGCUAGAGUUUGGGUCCUUACGGCUAGCUUUAGAACUUAGUAGCAUUAUUUUAUUCUUAUUUUACACCACUUUGAAGAGGCUGCGUUGGCUUGCACUGUGCAUGGCAUCACAUUGGCUCGGUCUCUCAGGACCCCGCUUUGCCAGGAAGGAUUGGCAAGAGGGACCAACAGAAGUCGAGAUAUUUGCAUGGCGGAUGCCGGAUCGUCACGAUGAGCCAAUCCAAACCCACGACGUGACCAGUGACAUUUGAAGGAAUCUAGAGGGAGGUUGGGGAAAAAUUCCCAGGCGUUCACUUCGCAGGAUCCCAUCACAGCUAGUUCAGAACUGAUCAUGCUCCCUUCUGUCUACUGGGGUAAAAAAAAAAAAAAAUUGGGAUCAAUCCAAGACCCUGAUUUUGAGAAUUUGGUGGGCGGUUUCCUUGCUUUAUUAUAAAUAUUUUCGAGGAUGUGAAGGGAGCAGCAAUUUUGAUUGUAGUGUUCUUGUCUGCCUAUUGUCUCCCUGGAGAACGCAAAGCAAAAAAAAAAAAAUCACUUUCCCUGAUCUGAUCUGAUCUGGAUCUUCCAUCCCUCUCCUGCUUGCCUUGCUUUCCCUCUUCGUUCAACUGGAAAAUUAAAAGAUAAUUUUGAAACUC